AUGUAUACUCCUCCAGCUUUAAAUACGCGCAGUAGAGUAAGUAAAUCGUUACAUACUUUGGAUAUCGGCAGAAUAGAUCGAGAUUCCAAAUUGGAUAUUGACAUAAUAGAUCAAGAUUCCAAUCGCGGUAAAGCUUCUAAAAUGAGUAGUAACCAAGAUAGCCAAAAUUCGGAACAUUCAUUCUUUAGUGACAAUCAUCAAUUGCAAGACAUGGAUUGCGCAAUUGGAGUUGAAAUUAAUCACACGCCUCAUGAUGAAGGUGUAGGUACUCAGGAAAAUCUAAGGCCCUUUGAUCUUGAUUUUCGAGACACCACUAAAGAUGAAAUUUACGCAAUUUUUCGGAAAAAUUUAAAAUGGAAUGAAUCACUUAAAUCUGAAGUCAAAGCAAAUUUCGAAUUUAAUAAACGCGAAAUUUCUUCCGUUAAAAACCUGAUUAAGGAAACUAAAAAAGCAACCAUCCAUUUGACUGAUAGAAUUUCUGACGUAGCGACUCAAACUGAAAGAAACAUACUUCAGAGUACUGCAUGGUACGAUGAAUUAUCUGGCCAACUUCGUGAAACUAAUAUUUCGAUCGAACAUACACAAUCCGAGGUCGCGAAUAAUUCAUCUAAUAUUCAACAAAUUUCGGAAGCCAUUACUCAAAUUAAUCACGAAACUCAAGUCCGUGAUGAGGGUAGUAAUAGAAUGGUUGAAGAAAUCAACCAUAUUAAGGAAUCAAUGCGUCGCAAUCCUACAUCUUCUGCUGCUAAAACUAAAACCAUGGCUAUUGACUCAGGUUCAGUAAUUAAUGCAGGCAUAUACUUUAGCGACGACAAAUUAUUCUUUCCUCACGAAUUUUUGAAACAUUUUGAUGACUAUUUUUCAGAAGCAAAUGUCGCAGAAAAACAUAAGGUCAUAGCCUUCAAAGGAGUAAUUACAACCUCCGAUCGAGACGAUUUUCUUGAAACUGUCAAUGAUGUAUCCCGAUAUGACGAAAUGAAACAAAAAUUUCUAGAAUUCUAUUGGGAUAGACACGCUCAAAAUGAGGCUAUGAAAUAUUGUAAACUAAAUUUCACAACGUCUAAUAAUAUAAAAAGCAUGGCCAAUAACAUGAUUCGAUGGGCUCGUUCGCUCAGUCAUCAUCGUCAUGGGUAUGAGGAUGACAUUAUCGAAAUGUUAAUUGGCAAGGCUCCGGAACAAUUUGAAAGCAAAUUGUCAGAAGAGGGACAGACUAUAGACAAGUUCAUUAAAAAAUUGACAAAUUUGGCUAAAGUUCAACGUGAUCCUGACAAUGAGGUACCGAUUACGAUUCGUAAUAAUAAUAUGCAAAGGCGUAGAUAUAAUGAAAACAAUACUAUACCUACACCACGACAAAGUAAUUCGUACCAACCCUCUCAUGAACAAUUAUUAGAUUUUUGGAAUCAAAUGACUCAAAAACCGAAACAGCCUGUUAAGAAAAAUUUUAAUGUAGCAGAACGUUUAGGAUUCCUUCCGAAAGAAAGCCUGGCCCCGAAUAAUAAUAAUAAUAAUAAUAAUAAUAAUAAAAAUACGACGACGGACUCGGCAAAAGAUAGAUUAGAUAGGUCAGAUCAGCCUAAAACAACUCAACCUCCUUCUUUUCCAAAAUCAAAUCAAAAUUCUCCGCCGCCGAAUACAAAACCUUUUUCUAUUGAUAAAAAUGGCAAUUUAAUUACCAAUCCUAACAAAUUUUAUAAUAGAACCAAAACUUCGCCGAAUAUACCACCUGCUCCUGUGCAGACGGUACGAUUCGAUGAAACUCUAGAUAAAUAUGUUCUCGAGGAGACCUCCCAAGAGGAUCUUUCUGCUCAAGUAAAUUUAUGUAACCUGCUUAAUAACAUAUUCUCCAGUGACGAACCUGCUGAUUCAGAUCAGCAGACACUCACUGGAAAUGUACAACUAAUGACAUCCCAAAUUUCUGAUGCCAAUACUGAAGAUUUGGCACCGGGAAACGAGAUUCACUAG